GCCGCGGGGAGUCCGGGCUGCUCCGGGGCUGCGAUGAGAUAGAGCCGGCGGCGGAGCGAGGAGCCCCGCGGAGGAGGGCGGGGGGCGGCGGAGAGCGACGCGACCCCCGGCCGCCCGCGGGUCGUAUGUUCAGGUCCAAACGCUCAGGGCUGGUGCGGCGACUUUGGAGGAGCCGCGUCAUUCCGGACAGGGACGGCGGAGAUGGGAGCGCCAGGAGCGGCCACGACCUCGGAGCCACCGGCAGCUGCAAGAUCGCGGAGAAAAGCCCCUCGGUGGAGCUCCGCGCGGUAGCGCGCAGCCUGCUGCUGCGGGAGGCGGAGGAGCGGCGCGGGGCGGCGGGCGAGGCGGCGCCGCGCGGGGACCCCAUGGCGGAGCGGCGCGGGGCUCGGCUCCGCGCCCCCGGCUCCGCGCCGGAGAGCGACGGCCGGACCGUGACCUGCUGCCUCUUCUCGGAGCGGGAGCCGGGCGGCCCCCAACCUCCCCCCACCGCCGCCCCCGGCCCCGACGGCGCGGCCGACGGCGGCUCCCCGGAGCGGCGGGGCCGGGAGGCGCGGGCGCGGCUGCUGCUGCUGGAGCAGGAGCUGAAGGCCGUCACCUACUCGCUGCUGAAGCGGCUGAAGGAGCGCUCGCUGGACAGCCUGCUGGAGGCGGUGGAGUCCCGCGGGGGGAUGCCCGGCGGCUGCGUCCUGGUGGCCCGCACCGAGGUGCGCCUGGGGGGCCUGGCGGCGCCCCCGCAUCUCCUCCUGGGCAAGCUGUUCCGCUGGCCCGACCUGCAGCACCCCGCCGAGCUGAAGCCCCUCUGCGAGUGCCAGAGCUUCGGCGUCGCCGACGGACCCACGGUCUGCUGCAACCCCUACCACUUCAGCCGCCUCUGUGGGCCAGAGUCUCCACCACCUCCCUACUCUCGGCUGUCUCCUAAUGAUGAGCAAAAGCCACUGGAUCUAUCAGAUUCCACGUUGUCUUACACUGAAACAGAGGCUACAAACUCUCCCAACGUCACGCCCGGAGAUUUCUCAGACGCCAGCACGUCGCCCGAUGCCGUGAAGAGGAGCCAUUGGUGCAACGUGGCCUACUGGGAGCACCGGACGCGCGUGGGCCGCCUCUACACAGUGUACGAACAGUCUGUCAGUAUCUUCUACGACCUACCUCAAGGAAACGGCUUCUGCCUCGGACAGCUAAACCUGGACAACAGGAGCGAGACUGUGAGAAGGACUCGAAGUAAAAUCGGCUACGGGAUUUUACUGAGCAAGGAACCGGACGGGGUGUGGGCCUACAACCGCAGCGAGCAUCCCAUCUUCGUCAACUCCCCGACACUGGACAUCCCCAACUGCAGGACUCUGAUCGUGCGCAAGGUGAUGCCGGGCUACUCCAUCAAGGUGUUUGACUACGAGAAGUCCUGCCUGCUGCAGCACACGGCCGAGCUGGAUUAUGCAGACGGGCCCUACGACCCCAACAGCGUCCGGAUCAGCUUCGCCAAGGGCUGGGGGCCCUGUUAUUCCAGACAGUUCAUCACGUCGUGUCCGUGUUGGCUGGAGAUCUUACUCAGCAACAACCGGUAACCCUCCGAGGAAAGGAAAACAUCAACAGCAACAAAACACACACACACAAAAAGAAAAAAAAAGACAAAAAAAAAAAAAGACACAGACUAUCCCAAAUAUCAUCUACCUAGAUUUAAUAUAAAGUUUUAUAUAUUAUAUGAAAAUAUAUAUUAUACUUGUAAUUAUGGAGUCAUUUUUACAAUGUAAUUAUUUAUGUAUGGUGCAAUGUGUAUAUGGACAAAAAACAGAAAAUGCACUUUGGCUUAUAUAAUUCUUUCAAUACAGAUUUUUAAAAAAAGAAAAAAAAACAACAAAAAUUAUACAGCAAAAAUAGGAGAAAGCCCUAAUUUUGAUGUAUGGUUUUUUUGAAAUAUUAUUAAUACCCAGACAAAAAGCUAAUACCAGUCACUCAUUGAUAAUAAAGUAUUCGCAUUA